AUGGAACACCCCACUGUGGGUGAAACUGUGACCUACACUGUUUUAGCAGAGAGGAACCUGAAUAAUAAUAAUCAACUUUUUGACCGCCUCUUCUCACCACUACAGUUACUUUCACAUAGUGACAUUGCCAUAGUACUAGUGCAGUGCAAGUGGGGUAUUACAAAAGCUACUAAUGUGUUCCACACUAAAACUUCAUUACAGUCUCCGACGCGCCAGGCCUGCCACCAUCGCCACCGACCGAGGCAGCACCGCCCGCCACCAACACAUCCCCAGCUGCCGCGCCACCCACCGUCGCCCGCCUCUGUCUCCUACGCGCCAGGCCUGCCGCCAUCGCCAGCGGCCGAGCCAGCGCCGCCCGCCGCCAACACAUCCCCAGCUGCAGCGCCACCCACCGUCGCCCACCGCUGUCUCCAACCCACCAGGUCUGCCGCCAUCGCCACUGGCCGAGCCAGCGCCAUCCGCCGCAACACAUCCCCAGCUGACACGACGCCCACCGUCGCUCACCGCUGUCUCCGACGCACCAGGCCUGCCGCCAUAGCCACUGGCCGAGCCAGCGCCGCCCGCAGCAACACAUCCCCAGCCCUCGCGCCGCCCACCGUCGCCCGCCGCUGUCUCCGACGCGCCAGGCCUGCCGCCAUCGCCACUGGCCGAAACAGCGCAGCCCGCCGCAACACAUCCCCAACUGCUGCGCCGCCCACCGUCGCCCGCCGCUGUCUCCAACGCGCCAGACCUGCCACCAACGCCAGCGGCCGCGCCAGCGCCGCCUGCCGCCAACACAUUCCCAGCUGCCGCGCCGCCCACCGUCGCUCGCCGCUGUGUCCGACGCGCCAGAGCUGCCGGUCUCGCCACUGUCCGAGCCAGCGCCGCCCGCCGCAACACAUCCCCAGCUGCCGCGCCGCCCACCAUCGCCCGCCGCUGUCUCCAACGCGCCAGACCUGCCGCCAUCGCCAGCGGCCGAGACAGCGCCGCCUGUCGGCAACACAUUCCCAGCUGCCGCGCCGCCCACCGUCGCCCGCCGCUGUCUCAAACGCGCCAGACCUGCCGCCAUCGCCACUGGCCGAACCAGCGCCGCCCGCCGCAACACAUCCCCAGCUGCCGGGCGGCCUACCGUCGCCCGCCGCUGUCUCCUACGCGCCAGUCCUGCCGCCAUCGCCAGCGGCCGAGCCAGCGCCGCCCGCCGCCAACACAUCCCCAGCUGCAGCGCCACCCACCGUCGCCCACCGCUGUCUCCAACCCACCAGGUCUGCCGCCAUCGCCACUGGCCGAGCCAGCGCCAUCCGCCGCAACACAUCCCCAGCUGACACGACGCCCACCGUCGCUCACCGCUGUCUCCGACGCACCAGGCCUGCCGCCAUAGCCACUGGCCGAGCCAGCGCCGCCCGCAGCAACACAUCCCCAGCCCUCGCGCCGCUCACCGUCGCCCGCCGCUGUCUCCGACGCGCCAGGCCUGCCGCCAUCGCCACUGGCCGAAACAGCGCAGCCCGCCGCAACACAUCCCCAACUGCUGCGCCGCCCACCGUCGCCCGCCGCUGUCUCCAACGCGCCAGACCUGCCACCAACGCCAGCGGCCGCGCCAGCGCCGCCUGCCGCCAACACAUUCCCAACAGCCGCGCCGCCCACCGUCGCUCGCCGCUGUGUCCGACGCGCCAGAGCUCUGACACGACGCCCACCGUCGCUCACCGCUGUCUCCGACGCACCAGGCCUGCCGCCAUAGCCACUGGCCGAGCCAGCGCCGCCCGCAGCAACACAUCCCCAGCCCUCGCGCCGCUCACCGUCGCCCGCCGCUGUCUCCGACGCGCCAGGCCUGCCGCCAUCGCCACUGGCCGAAACAGCGCAGCCCGCCGCAACACAUCCCCAACUGCUGCGCCGCCCACCGUCGCCCAACGUCUCCAACGCGCCAGACCUGCCACCAACGCCAGCGGCCGCGCCAGCGCCGCCUGCCGCCAACACAUUCCCAACAGCCGCGCCGCCCACCGUCGCUCGCCGCUGUGUCCGACGCGCCAGAGCUGCCGGUCUCGCCACUGUCCGAGCCAGCGCCGCCCGCCGCAACACAUCCCCAGCUGCCGCGCCGCCCACCAUCGCCCGCCGCUGUCUCCAACGCGCCAGACCUGCCGCCAUCGCCAGCGGCCGAGACAGCGCCGCCUGUCGGCAACACAUUCCCAGCUGCCGCGCCGCCCACCGUCGCCCGCUGCUGUCUCCGACGCACUAGGCCUGCCGCCAUCGUCGGCGGCCGAGCCAGCGCCGCCCGCAGCAACACAUCCCCAGCCCUCGCGCCGCCCACCGUCGCCCGCCGCUGUCUCCGACGCGCCAGGCCUGCCGCCAUCGCCACUGGCCGAGCCAGAGCCGCCCGCCGCCAACACAGUCCCAGCUGCCGCGCCGCCAACCGUCGCUCGCCGCUGUCUCCGACACGCCAGACCUGCCGCCAUCGCCUCUGGCCGAGCCAGCGCCGCCCACCGUCGCCCGCCGCUGUCUCCUUCGCAGCAGGCCUGCCGCCAUCGCCAGCGGCCGAGCCAACGCCGCCUGCCGCCAACACAUUCCCAGUUGCCGCGUCGCCCACCGUCGCCCGCCGCUGUCUCCGACGCGCCAGACCUGCCGCCAUCGCCACUGGCCGAGCCAGAACCGCCCGCCGCCAACACAUUCUCAGCUGCCGCGCCGCCCACCGUCGCCCGCCGCUGUCUCCUUCGCAGCAGCCCUGCCGCCAUCGCCAGCGUCCGAGCCAGAGCCGCCCGCCGCCAACACAUUCCCAGUUGCCGCGUCGCCCACCGUCGCCCGCCGCUGUCUCCGACGCGCCAGACCUGCCGCCAUCGCCACUGGCCAAGCCAGAGCCACCCGCCGCCAACACAUUCCCAGCUGCCGCGCCGCCCACCGUCGCUCGCCGCUGUCUCCGACGCGACAGACCUGCCGCCAUCGCCACUGGCCGAGCCAGAGCCGCCCGCCGCCAACACAUUCUCAGCUGCCGCGCCGCCCACCGUCGCUCGCCGCUGUCUCCGACGCGCCAGACCUGCCGCCACCACCACUGGCCGAGCCAGAGCGGCCUGCCGCCAACACAUUCCCAGCUGCCGCGCCGCCCACCGUCGCUCGCCGCUGUCUCCGACGCGCCAGGCCUGCCGCCAUCGCCUCUGGCCGAGCCAGCGCCGCCCACCGUCGCCCGCCGCUGUCUCCUUCGCAGCAGGCCUGCCGCCAUCGCCACUGGCCGAGCCAGAGCCGCCCGCCGCCAACACAGUCCCAGCUGCCGCGCCGCCCACCGUCGCUCGCCGCUGUCUCAAACGCGCCAGACCUGCCGCCAUCGCCACUGGCCGAACCAGCGCCGCCCGCCGCAACACAUCCCCAGCUGCCGGGCGGCCUACCGUCGCCCGCCGCUGUCUCCGACGCACUAGGCCUGCCGCCAUCGUCGGCGGCCGAGCCAGCGCCGCCCGCAGCAACACAUCUCCAGCCCUCGCGCCGCCCACCGUCGCCCCCCGCUGUCCCGACGCGCCAGGCCUGCCGCCAUCGCCACUGGCCGAAACAGCGCCGCCCGCCGCAACACAUCCCCAACUACUGCGCCGCCCACCGUCGCCCGCCGCUGUCUCCAACGAGCCACGCCUGCCGCCAUCGCCGCUGUCCGAAACAGCGCCGCCCGCCGCAACACAUCCCCAGCUGCCGCGCCGCCCACCAUCGCCCGCCGCUGUCUCCGACGCAGCAGGCAUGCCGCCAUCGCAAGCGGCACAGACAGCGCCGCCUGCCGGCAACACAUUCCCAGCUGCCGCGCCGCCCACCGUCGAGCGCCGCUGUCUCCGACGCACUAGGCCUGCCGCCAUCGUCGGCGGCCGAGCCAGCGCCGCCCGCAGCAACACAUCCCCAGCCCUCGCGCCGCCCACCGUCGCCCGCCGCUGUCUCCGACGCACCAGGCCUGCCGCCAUCGCCUCUGGCCGAAACAGCGCCGCCCGCCGCAACACGUACCCAACUGCCGCGUCGCCCACCAUAGCCCGCCGCUGUCUCCGACGCGCCAGACCUGCCGCCAUCGCCACUGGCCGAGCCAGCGCCGCUCGCUGCCAACACAUCCGCAGCUGCCGCGCCGCCCACUGUCGCCCGCCGCUGUCUCCGACGCCCCAGGCCUGCCGCCAUCGCCUCUGGCCGAGCCAGCGCCGCCCACCGUCGCCCGCCGCUGUCUCCUUCGCAGCAGGCCUGCCGCCAUCGCCACUAGCCGAGCCAGAGCCGCCCGCCGCCAACACAGUCCCAGCUGCCGCGCCGCACACCGUCGCUCGUCGCUAUCUCCGACACGCCAGACCUGCCGCCAUCGCCUCUGGCCGAGCCAGCGCCGCCCACCGUCGCCCGCCGCUGUCUCCUUCGCAGCAGGCCUGCCGUCAUCGCCAGCGGCCGAGCCAACGCCGCCUGCCGCCAACGCAUUCCCAGUUGCCGCGUCGCCCACCGUCGCCUGCCGCUGUCUCCUUCGCAGCAGCCCUGCCGCCAUCGCCAGCGUCCGAGCCAGAGCCGCCCGCCGCCAACACAUUCCCAGUUGCCGCGUCGCCCACCGUCGCCCGCCGCUGUCUCCGACGCGCCUGA